AUGUCCUUGCCUCGUCCUAAAAAACCGAAGGAGGUGGCUAUAGAUUGGACGAAGGCUGCCACUCUAAGGCCGAAUCGGAAAACCACGGCAACAGUCAAACGACUUAGUGUUAUUUCAAUGUCGUCGAGAGUGGCUAUGGCGCCGUUUCAAGGAACGGCGCCCGCGUCAGGACGUCAAGCAAAAAAGGUCAAUGUGCCUGUGGUGCCGAAUAUGUCAGUAGUUGAAAGGAGCAAAUAUGACGAAGUGAACCGCAAUGUUCGCAGCAAUCUCAGCUGCCGAUCUAUGGCCUCGCCGUCACGAAUGAGUGACGAUCGCAGCAGUGACUCGCAAAACUGUAACCGAGGUUGCCGCCCGUCUAUCUUUGGCACGCACUCCUCGUCAUCGUUUUCGAACUAUGGCACGGAAGUUGGUCAGCUGCUUGGAACAAGAAACGGUGGUAUCCUGCUUAUUUUCGAUUUUCAUAUUAUAUGA